GGCAAGGGCUCCAUCCGUUCGCCGUGGCGGACGAUUCAACUGGCGGACACGCCGUCGGGCCUCGCCGCUUCGACGAUGCUCCUCAACCUCAACGAGCCGUCGAAGAUCGCCGAGACGUCGUGGAUCACGCCCGGCAAGUAUGUCGGCGUCUGGUGGGAGAUGCACGUCAACCGCGCGACUUGGGGCUCCGGCGAUCGCCACGGGGCCACCACCGACAACGUCAAACGCUACAUCGAUUUCGCCGCGAAGAAUGGAUUCAAGGGCGUGCUCGUCGAGGGCUGGAACGUCGGCUGGGAUGGCGACUGGAUCCAGAACGGCGAUAAGUUCAGCUUCACCGAGCCUUACCCCGACUUCGACAUCGAAGAGCUCGCCCGCUACGCCGCCGACCGUGACGUGAGUCUCGUGGGUCACCACGAGACGGCCGGCGCGGUCUCACAUUACGAGGCGCAGCUCGAAGACGCCUUCGACCUCUACGAGCGGCUCGGCGUCAAAGCAGUGAAAACCGGCUACGUGAUGUUCGGCCAGGGCAUCCGCCGCAUCGACGAGAACGGCGUCGAGCAGAAGGAAUGGAGCCAUGGCCAGUUCAUGGUCCGCCAUCACCAGAAGGUGAUCGAGUCGGCCGCCAAGCAUCGCAUCAUGGUCGUCGCCCACGAAGGGAUCAAAGACACCGGCCUGCGUCGCACGUGGCCCAACGCGAUGAGCCGAGAGUGCGCACGCGGCCAGGAGUACAACGCCUGGAGCGGCGACUCCCGUAACCCGCCCGAGCACGAGUCCAUCCUCGCCUACACACGGAUGCUGUCGGGACCGAUGGACUACACGCCCGGCGUCUUCGACAUCACGCUCUCGACCGGCGUUGAUCGUCAGAACGACCGCAUCCCCAGCACGCUCGCCAAACAGCUCGCGUUGUACGUCGUGCUCUACGCGCCACUGCAAAUGGCUUGCGACUUCCCCGAGGUCUACGAGCAGCAUCCGGACGCGUUCCAGUUUAUCUGCGACGUGCCGACCGAUUGGGAGAAGACCCUGGCGCUCGACGGUGUGAUCGGCGACUACGUCGUUACCGCCCGUAAAGAACGCGGCGCCGACAAUUGGUGCCUAGGCGCGAUCAGCGACGAAGAGCCCCGAACGCUGGAAGUCCCGCUGUCGUUCCUCGACCCGGGCGUCGCCUACGAAGCCCAGGUCUACCGCGACGCCGACGACGCCGACUGGCUCAAGAACCCGACGGCCUACGUCGUCGAAUCCCUGAAGGUGAGCGCCGACACGAUCCUUUCGGUCCGCUUGGCGCCAGGCGGCGGCCAAGCCAUCCGCUUCAUGCCGCUCGACACUGUGCGCGUCAGUGCGGACGGAACCACCGCGAAGCUCUUCAACCCACUGUCGCUGCUGCGCGCCUUUGGCUUGGCCGUGUUGCUAGGCGUCUCGUCGCUGGGCGGCGCCCAAUCCGUCUCCAGCCCCGCGAUCUUGCAGAUCUACGAGGCGCGUUGGGACCUGAUCGAAGAGCGGAUGGCCGACAUCCACGCCGUCGGCUACGGCCGCAUGUGGGUGCCGCCGCCGACGCUGUCGUUCGAGGGGGGCUCGCAGGCCUCGGUCGGCUACGACGUGUUCGACCGUUUCAACCUCGGCGAGCCGCGGGCGGAGACACGCUACGGCACCAGCGAGGGCUUCCGCGCGAUGGUCCAGUCAGCCCACAACGCCGCGGUGGCGGUGAACCCCGACCUGAUCUGGAACCACAACGCCUUCCGCGACCGCUACGACACGGGCUUUGUGAAUGCCGGCGGCUAUCCCGGCUUCGCCGUGACGCUCCCUGGCGACAUCAACGGUGAUUUCCACGACCCCAGCGCGUCGGGCGAUAUCCAGGGCCGCAUCUCCGGCCUGAACGACAUCGCCCAAGAGAAGAACCACCAAUUCAUCCGCCACCCAACCCAGGUCGGCAACCCGAACAACAUCCCCGCCGGCACGGUCUUCAACCAUCCCGACCCGAACAACGCCCGCCUCUACCCCGACCAAGGGCUCGGCGGGAUCAACGUCAUCGACGGCCGCGGUAACCCGACGACGCUCUACAACUUCAAUGCCGACAACCCGCUCGCCGGCGACCCGGUGAUGGAGAACGCGGUCGGCCUCUUGAUGCGAAACGUGCGCUGGAUGAUCCAGGAGUACGACGUCGAUGGCUUCCGCAUGGACGCCAUCAAGCACUUCGAGGCGCAGUACCUGCAAGACUUCGACACCGCAUCGUACUUGGCCAAGCGGACGCCGCUGCUCGACGGCAGCCCGAACCACAUCUACACGUUCGGCGAGGCGUUCGACGGCAACAAGGCCUUCUUGCAGACCUUCAUCCGCCGCGACAUCGACAACAACAACCCCGGCGUCGUCAGCGGCAACCGCGACGUCCUCGACUUUUCGCUCUUCUUCGCCCUGCGUGACAACCUCACGUCGAACGGCUUGGCGAACAACUGGCACAACAUCAAGAAGGCGCCCGUCGAUCUGAACGACGACGGACUGAUGAACGGCAGCCAGGGCGUCGCCUUCGUCGAGAGCCACGACUCGACCGGCGCCGCCCUCGGCAACGUCGCCCACGCCUACACGCUGAUGCUGCCGGGCGAGUCGAUCGUUUACAUGAACUCCGACGCCAUCCCCGGCGAGACGUUCCCCCAUGCGGGCCGCAACGACGCCCUCGGCGGCUUCCAUGGCGACGCGAUCACCAAGCUCGUCGACAUCCGCAACAGCCACGGCCGCGGCGAUUUUCAAGAACGCUGGCUCGACGACGCCUUCAACCCCAACGGGUUCUCGAACGUCUACGUCUACGAGCGACUCAACUCGGCAGUCGUGGGCCUCAACAGCCGCAACGAUGGCGCCAUCGAGACCCGCAACGGCGUGCAAACGGCCUUCGCUCCAGGAACCGUCCUC